AUGACGCGGCGAUGCUCUCACUGCAAUCACUAUGGUCACAACUCUAGGACAUGUCCCAGUCGUGGGGUGAUGCUUUUUGGUGUAAGGCUCACCGGAGGUUCGAUCAGGAAAAGUGCUAGUAUGGGUAAUCUUCUUAGCCAUGGGCAUGGGUCGGGUUCUCCGGGUGAUGUCCCUGACCAUGUCGCUGGUGAUGGUUACACUUCUGAGGGUUUCGUUGCUGGCUCUUCCUCUAGCCGCGAGAGAAAGAAAGGAGCUAUAUGGACAGAGGAAGAACAUAGGAUGUACUUGUUAGGUUUAGAGAAGCUAGGCAAAGGUGAUUGGAGAGGCAUUUCAAGAAAAUAUGUGAGGACAAGGACACCAACACAGGUUGCUAGCCAUGCUCAGAAGCAUUUCAUGAGACUAUCUGAUGUGUCUCGUCGCAAAAGACGUUCUAGUCUCUUUGAUAUGAUUCCUCAUGAGGGAGGAGUUACUCCAUUGGAUUUGCAAGCACCAAAAGCAGAGAAUACUCGUGUGGAAACAAAAAUGCAAAGGGGUGAUUCGGUUCACCAGUCAUUUGCUCGUAAUUCCAUUCAUGCAACAAUCGAAGAAUCUGAAUCAAUGGACUCAACAAACUCUACCAUUAAGGAACCAACCCCAACCACACAACUGCGUUCACAACCUCAACCGCAACGACCUGGCUCGUAUCCGGUACUGUAUCCAGGCUACUUCUCACCAUAUUACCCAUUUCCAUUCCCAGUAUGGUCUGCGGGUUAUGUUCUUGAACCAGCCAAGAAAGAGGAAACUCACGAGAUUUUCAGACCAACUGCAGUGCACUCGAAAGCUCCCUUCAAUGUCAAUGGGCUUCUUGGUAUGACUACUAAGCUCAGCCUUGGAGAGCCAAAAGAGAAUGGUGAAUCCGAUCAGUCUCUUUCGCUGAAGCUAGGUGGAGGUUCAGAGACGAGACAAUCACCAUUUCACCCGAAUGCUUAGCCCUCCUGAUAGUUCAGACAUCGCCAACGUGAUACAUGCGGCUUAAUCAUUGGUUGGGGGUUUAUUACAGGUUAAUUAUUUGGUCACAGUAACUUAAAAACAAGAUUUGCUUUGUUAGUUUUAGGGUCUUUUAGUUCAGCUUUGAUUAUUUGCGAGAGAGAAAAAAAACGAAAAGGGAAAAACAAAUUAUUACAUUUUUUUUUAUUAAAUUGAUCCUUUUGUAUUUCUACCUUUUAUAUUGCCGAUUUUUAUUGCUGAUCUCUAACAAAUCUCCAGUGAUCAAAAUAAACUAUAUGAGAACCGUCUUUGAGACUUUCAAUAAGACCCUUCAAAAAGUUUUAAGAAACUUCUUAUUUCAAUGUCAUAUCCAAGUUAAUUUUUAUUUUUAAUAUUUAAAAUUAAAUAAGUUAAGUUAUACUCCCUCUAUAUCAUUUUAAGAGGUAUUUAAGGAUUUUGCACAAAUAUUAAGAAAAUACAAACUUUUAUGCAAUUGGCAUUGGCUUUGGUUACAUAAAAUAACAUUAAAUAAAACUAAUUCAACCAAUAAAAAUAAGAUGCAUUAUUUUAUAAUUGGUCAAAAAUUUCAAAUGACAUUAAAUUUCACCUAGAAUUGUGAAAACAACACUUAUUUUGAAACAAAAUCAAAAUCUUUAAACACCAAUUAAACUGAUACGGAGGGAGUAUUACUUUUGGUGAAAUCUUUCCUAAAAAUAAUACUCUUAGGAGUUGAGAUGUAUUUAUUUUAAAAGGUUUAUUGGAGCGGUAAUGUGAGAGAAUUUCAAAAUUUACGAGGAAAAUUCUCUUAAAUCACUUUUUGGAAGCUAUAUAUGUUGACGGUUUUCAUGAAAUAAUUUGAUCCGUACUCAUGAAUACGUUUAAUUCAAUCACGUUAAACAAAUAGAAACGGAUGAAUCUUACACGCAGUAUUUCUCAAAUCACAGAAAUGUAGAAUAAACAAGAUUUGAAUUAUAACAACAAAGAACAUUUUAAAAACUUAUAUAUCUCAAUGUAGUAAAUUCACUCAUGUCAUUUAGAUCCGAUAAACAAAUGAACUAAGAACAAGUCAUAAAGAAAAAUAAAGGUCACCAAAUCGAAUUCCAUUACCCAAAAAAAAAGGAAAGCAUUCAAUGGACAACAAAAGAGCUCUCUAUUAUUUGUUCGUUACAAGAAAAUAAGAAAGAUAAUUCUUAUUUUUAAAUUUUCCCGCCUCAAGGCAAAUCACACAA